AUGUUCAAUCGAGGGGAGAGGAAGACCUCAUUAGGAACAACAUCAAAUACAAGUAUAAGCAAUGGUAUAAGCCCGCCCAAAAGGGGAUAUUCAAAUUCACCAAGUAAUAAUAAUAAUAAUAAUAAUAACAACAAUAAUAUAAACUUAAAACUAGAAUUACUAGAGGAUCAAAAAGAAGAAAUCAGGGAAGCAUUUCAAUUGUUUGAUAUGAAUGGUGACGGUUGUUUGGAUUAUCAUGAAACUAAAGUUGCUUUUAGAGCUUUGGGAUUUGAAUUGACUAAACGUGAAGUUUUGGAUAUAAUACAUGAAUAUGAUACCGAUGAUACAAAUUUGAUAACGUAUGACAAUUUUUAUAAAACAGUAGGAGAAAUGAUAGUGAAAAGGGACCCAUUAGAUGAAAUCCGUCGUGCUUUCAAACUUUUUGACGUUGAUGGAACUGGUAAAAUAAGCGUUAGAAAUUUAAGAAAAAUUUCAAAAGAUGUUGGUGAAAACUUGAGUGAUGAAGAUUUGCAGGCAAUGAUUGAUGAAUUUGAUUUGGAUGAGGAUGGAGAAAUAAAUGAAGAAGAGUUUAUCAGAAUUUGCACCGAAUAA